GUUUCAAAAUUUCUUUUGUGUUGUAAUAAUUAAAAAUUAAGUUUUCAUUUAACGUAUGGAUAAAUUUGUAACAUUUGUAAAUAAAGCUUAUUGUAUAUUUUGCUUUUUAACGGACAUGAGUUAUUGUGAACUGGGAGCGUAUUCUGUGGCGUAGGACAGGUAUGAGUACACCUGAAAGAAGAGACUUCGAGGAGAGAUAUUCAGCUUGUUUCACUGAUUUCGCACUUAAAACUGUAACGGGCCUCCUAAUCGGAAGUAUGUUCGGAGGCUUCUUCCUACGUGGCUACCGACGGUGGCCCAUGUACAUCGGAGGAGGCCUCGGCUUCGGCAUGGCCUACAGCAACUGCGAGGACAGUCUUAAUACUUUCUUACUCUCCAAGGAGCCAAGACCAUGUGUUAUAAAGAAGAAACCUUAAGGUUCUACUCUACGUUGUUGUUGUUAUCGUACAAUGAACGUCUUUGCGG